ACUACCUAGGUUCCUACUAAGUAGAAACGGCCAGAAAUUGUGCUCAUCUCACUCUUCGGAUUGUGCGUGCGUGCUGCUUGCUAUCCGUUGGCCAUUCUUGUGUGAGAGAGUGUGUGGAAAUUUUCCCUUCCGCGUGCGACAACCACGGCAGCCAGCCAGCAGCGGUGCAGACGUGCAGUGCGAAGAAAGUCGGCCCAGCCAACGGUCGAACGGUGAAACCCUGCUGCUGCUGCGUGAAAAGUGCGGUGGCGUAUCCAGAGAGCACCAGAGAUAAGCAGUAGGUAGAUCAAAUUUCUACGAGGUGACUUGAAACAAACUAACAAAAACCGGCUGAAGAUAAAGCUGCAAAAUGGAUCCCGAAGCAUUCCUCGACAUCGCCAACCAGGUGAUAAAGCUCAAGAUGUUCCCGUACUUUGACAUCGCCCACAGUCUGCUGUGCGCGCUGUCGGUCAAGGAAGAUUUGGGCGCCGGUGCCCAGGCCUUCUCCCGGAAGCACCCGCUCGCCUGUUGGCUGUCUACAAUGUUGGUCGUGUUUGCCGGCGGCAUGGUCGCCAACGGACUGCUAGGAGAACCGAUUCUUGCCCCGCUCAAAAACACCCCGCAACUGCUCGUGGCCACCGCCUGCUGGUACAUUGUGUUCUACACUCCUUUCGACAUCGGCUACAAGGUUGCCAAAUUUCUACCGGUCAAACUGGUCGCCAGUGCCAUGAAGGAAAUCUAUCGCGCAAAGAAGAUCCAUGAUGGUGUGACUCAUGCCAGCAAGCUGUACCCCAAUGCAUUCAUCAUCAUGAUUAUCAUCGGAACGCUGAAGGGCAACGGUGCCGGUUUCACCAAGCUGUUGGAACGAUUGAUUCGUGGCGUAUGGACUCCAACUGCUAUGGAAUUCCUGCAGCCAAGUUUCUACACGAAGGCUUCACUCAUUGCUUCGAUCAUCUUUGUGCUGGACAAAAAGACCGACCUUAUUUCGGCUCCUCACGCUUUGGUUUACUUCGGUAUUGUAAUUUUCCUGGUCUAUUUCAAGCUGUCGUCGCUCCUGCUCGGAAUCCACGAUCCAUUCGUGCCAUUCGAGAAUUUGAGCUGUGCUCUAUUCUUCGGUGGAAUUUGGGAUAGCUUGGCUAAGAUUCUAGGCCGCGGUCAGGCAAAGGAAGAAUCAAAAGACGCGAAGAAAUCAAACUAAGUCCUAGUUAGCUGGCUUGACUGGAUCAAGAAAAAGUCAUACUCAUCUUCAUCACACUUUUUCAGUGCAACACUCAUUUAGAUUUCAAUUUCAUUUGAAUCUAUGGUUAAACAAGCAAUGCAAAUUGAUGCAAUUUCGACAUACAUUUAGAACAUAAGGAUUCGAACUAGAAUUUUAAAGCAUAAGGCAGCAUUAAGCUGAGCACAGCUAAAUUGAGGCAUUCUAGUCAAAUGACACCAAAGUGGAAAUAAGGACGACUAAUUUGUAGACGUACGCGUACCAGAUACAAACCAGACUUACCAAUAAUAAAACAAAACGAAAACGACUAGACACAACACAACACAAGAGUUGAAACUCUCGUAACUUGAUUUAAACUAGGUAUAACCCCAAUUUUGAACCAAGACCACAGAUACGAUAUCCUAGCAGCAGAAACCAAAAACGACAAACGCACCACCGAAUCCCAGUGGGUGAGAUCCGGUCAGUCCGUUUUCGGCACAACUAACGAAUAGCAAUGUGGAAUCGGCAUUCGAGCAUAUGAUCUCGUCGAACCGGUUAGACUUUAUUGAUAUUUUAGUAUUAAAGACGAAUGUAAACAGCAAUCUGCUAUUGAAAUUGGGAUAAUAUACAAAUGAUUCGACAAAA